AUGACCUGGAAGCUUUGCGCGCGCUGUUCUCCUCUCGGCCUCAAUGUGGAGCAUUUCAGGGUGCAAGGCGACACACUGUCGGCCACCAGACUCUCAAUCCAAUCGCUAAAAUUAGCGAACGAGCGAUAUUUUCUCGGGUCUCUUGAAGAGAUCAGCAGAGAAACGGAAGCAACAUGUCAGCUAUGUGCUCUUAUUUCGCAUGCCGUGCCCGAUUUAAAGUCCUCACACACCAAGCACGCGGCAUGCUACCUCGUCUGGGAGCUGGACGGUCGCACAUCUGUAGAUAUAGGAGCGAAGGCAGAGAGGCGGACUCGGCGCCUACGAAUUUUCUGGGACCACCCAGACCUCCAACGGUACAACUCUAGCUUGGUUCUUACAGCGCCAGCGAUCUAUGACAACUCUGAUGUCGACUACCGUGGGCUCUUGUCCAAAGAGACCGAGUUUCUUGGGAGACGCCUCGGUAGCAAGGAAAGCAAGAGAAAUCUCAUUCGAGAGCUCUUGAGACUAUGUGAAAGACAUCAUGACGAUCGAUGCACGAGUAAACUUGGAAUUGAGGAUGAUUUCCACGAGACUCUGAUGGAGCCAUAUUUCGGAGUCAUGGACAUCGAAAAUGACAAUCUUACCCCGUUACCGUUCAAGGAGAAUGGCAACCAGCUCAACUUCGAGUCAUAUGCGACAGUGAGCUAUGUCUGGGGCAGGAGUGGUAAUCACCAACACAGUACAAAAAUUGCCAAUAUCCAGAGUAGGCGCAAGUCUGGUGGAUUGGCAUCGGUCAUUAAAACUCUCCCCAAAGCUCUCCAACAAAGCAUUCGGCUGAUUCGGGAACUGGGCAUUCGGUACAUUUGGAUUGACGCCCUAUGCAUCGUUCAGGAUAGCAGCCACUCCUGGAAUCUCAACGCACGAGCAAUGCAUCUAAUCUAUGGGAACGCCAUAUUUACCCUCUGCGCGGCAGAUGGUCUGGACGUCAAAACUGGUUUAUUAGCUCUAGACGAAAAUCAUCAGCCGGCCCAAUGGUUUGCAGCCUCCGUCCAGGGAGCUAAUUUGAUGCUUCAUCAGUCACCUGAAGUCAAUAUCGAGGCUUCUCAAUGGAACAAACGGGCCUGGACCUUCCAAGAGCGUUUGCUCUCCAAACGUUGCCUGAUAUUUACAAGUGGCCGUGUAUACUUCCAGUGUCGCUCAACAGGGAUGUCGGAAGAUAUCUUCGCAGAUCGUAGCGGGAGAGGGUGGUCCCUAGAUUUGUUACGCUCUCCACUCCAGAUGUUGUCUCAGCUCAAGCUCAGAGCUUUAUGGUUCUACGCCCAUUGUGUCUCCUUGUAUACAGGGCGAGAUCUCUCUGAACCAUUUGACAUUCUUUCGGCAUUCAGCGGCAUGUGUAAGCUCAUGGAAUAUACUAUGCACUCGCCGUUCAUUUUCGGUCUUCCUACAUCUCACUUUGACUUUGCCCUCCUCUGGCAACCGGUUGGUCGAUCAUCAAGGCUCAUCAAGCCAACACAUUCAAACGAACAAAAGUACAAGGAUAUGAAAUUUCCAAGCUGGUCAUGGUGUGGAUGGGAGAGUACAGGAAUUCAGUAUGCGCGGGAGAUGGUUGAUGGAUGUCUGACUGAUGUCCACGCUUGGCUCAUGGACCACACAUGGAUUGACUGGUACAUAAGAGAUGGCCACGGGACCCUCCGGCGUGUGUGGGACAGCUCUUGGGCUAAAGAAGAUGAAAGUACAAACGCAAGGUGGAAAGGUUACGAGGUUCAAAGCAAGAAAACACCGACAUCGGGGAUUCCAAAGGCUCGUCCUCGUCUUCGCCAACGGCAUCCCCAACCCUACUCAAACACGGUUCCAAUGCCAUAUAACCCAACCCCAGCAGCUCGAGAGCAAACAAAUACUGUGACAACUCCGUUCUCACAUUAUCCUCAGGUACAAGGUGAAGGAAGAGGGUUCCCAAUGGGAAAUCCGUUCAACCCUUCUCACCAAGUAGUUCACUAUCCUCCGAGCGACUCUGAUAGCUCGUCCAGCACUCCUUCCGGAAACGACGAUCUGAAAUCCAAAGAACAGGCCUAUGAUAGCUAUGGUCGUCCGCGCCAGGGACUUGGCAUGUCAGCCAGCCUGAACCAGACGCGAGACGAUUUCACUCUGACGCUGCCGGAGGACCCAUACCACGUCCGCAAGAGCUCGAAGGGAGGCGACGCACAUCCAGGACGCGAGUUCUCUGAUCAGAUAUUUCUACAGUUUUUCACGUGGCAUGCCCGAUUCCAUGUCGUGCCUACUACACCUGACGUAAGUAGCGAUGGUCUUGGGCAGGGUCAGCACCGCUGUCACAUUAUUGACCAGCGCGGAGACAAGUGCGGCUCCAUUGUCGUGGAUACGGAUUGGCUUCAGAGACAGCAAAGUUGUGAGGUCAGGGAGAACGGUACUACGAAUGGCCACUUGGACGAGACUGAGAAGACGGAGAAGACCGAGUUUGAAUUUAUUGCCAUCUCGGAAGCGAAAUCAUUUACGAAGGAGGAGUUUCCAGACUGGACUUACUACAUACCCGAGGAGAGGAUCGACUCGGAGUGGGAUCUGUUCUAUGUACUCCUUGUCGAGUACUCUGAAAUUGAGGGAUUUUAUCGCCGAGUUGCUCUUGGGAAGAUUUUUAAGGCUGCAUUUGAUUUGUCGGAUGAUGAAUGGAAAGAGAUUAUUCUAGGAUAA